UCCUUGUAUAGACGCACACGCAUUCAUGGCUUCCCAGAACAAUAACCUUGAUACCACAAACACUGCUUCCAUGGCUUCCCAAACCCUCAAACAUCGUUCUAGGGAUGAUCCCAACAUCAUCACCACCACCCGCAACAACAAGAGCACUAAAAACAGACGUGAAAACAACAUGGCCAUGGCCAAACGUGGCCUUAGGUCACUUGCCAUAACAGUUUCAAUCCCACUUUCUCUUACCCUUUUGACCAUUUACCUCACCUCCACUCACAGCUACGUUAUGGUAUCGAAGCCCUCUUGGUUCCCACCCUUGUGGGCCAUACAUAUCACAAGCUUGGCUUCGAGUUUCUUGUUGGGUCUUUCAGCUUGGCUUGUAUGGGCUGUAGGUGGGUUUCAUCAGAAACCAACGGCUUUGUCUCUUUAUUUGGCCCAGCUCGGGUUGAGUUUGGUUUGGCAUCCGAUUGUUCUUGGAUCCGGGGCUAGUUGGGUCGGGUUGGCGGUGUGUUUGGCUACAUUUGGGGCUUUGGUUGGAUGUUUUCGGAUCUGUAAGGAGGUGAAUCCGACUGCUGGUGAUAUAAUUGCACCUUGUUCAGCUUGGACUGCGUUUUUGGCUAUUGUAAAUCUUACACUUAUUUUUCUUUGAAGUUCUGUAGGGUUUCUUUUUUUCUUUUCUUUUUGGUUCUCUAUAAAGUAUAAAUAAGAGUAUAUACUUUGAUGUUAUUAUCUUUCUUGUGUUUUUAGGUAUAGAAUAUAGUUUUUUGUAAACAUUUAAUAAUAGGUUACUCUCUCUUUUUAUUCCUGAAUAUUAAUAGGUUACAACUGGUUGCAUGGUUUACGUUGCUAUGUA